AUGCCUGGCCAGAGCCAAGGUUUAACCAUCCACAAGUGUUGUGGGCAUGCAGAAGCAAGUUUGCCGUGCCCAAGCCAUGAUCCCAUCAUCGUCCAUGGCUGGCAGUAUGCCUUCGAAGCAAAACGUGCGCUCGACUUUUCUGAGAAAGGUCUACGUUCACAGACCCUCUCCGUAGAUUUUCUGAUGAAAAGUCUACGUUUUGAACAUAUCAGCUCCGAGACCAACUCGUUCAGAGGAGGUCUAAUGCCUGGCCUGAGCCAAGGUUUAACCAUCCACAAGUGUUGUGGGCAUGCAGAAGCAAGUUUGCCGUGCCCAAGCCAUGCUCCCAUCAUCGUCCAUGGCUGGCAGUAUGCGUCCAAGUCAAAAUGUGCGCUCGACAUAAUUCAGUGCGUAAAGGAAACGUCUUCCUAUAUUUCAUCCACUGAGGAGAAAACUUCAUCGACUACAGAAGAAACUUCUCUCCAGAACCGUGCAGCACAAAAUAUGUCCGUAGGGGCAGACACUAAUUUAAUUACAGAAGAAACUUCAUCCUCCUUUGAAGAAAUUGCAUCCAUCAUUUUGCAACCUGUACCCGAAAGGACGGAUAAUUCACUCUUUGCGGAAGCUACUAUAUCCGCCAGUCAUGAAACGUCAUCUACUACUAAAGAAACUCGAAAGACAUCUGAAAAAAUCUCAACUACAGAAACUUCAACCUCCACUGAAGAAAUGUCUUCCAUUGCCACAAAAGAAACGUCCUCAACAUCCACAGAAACUUCAGUAAUUAAUGAAGAAACUUCUUUUUCAUCUGCUGGAACUUCGACCUACUCUGAAGAAGAGGCGUCCACCAAUAGAGAAAUUUCAUCUACCUCAGAGAAAUCUUACCCAACAGCUAAAGAAACUACACCUACCACCGAUGAUGCUUCAACAACUGAUAUUGAAGCUUCGCCCACUACCGAAAUCUUUCCAUCCACAAAUGAAGAAACUACACAACCGACUGAAACAAUUACAUCAACCGCUGAACAAACUACAUUAGCAACUGAAAAAAUUCAAUCAAGUACUGUCGAAACUUCAUCCGUCACGGAAGGAACUUCAACCACCUCAGAGGAAAGUUCAUCCUCAACUCAGGCCACUUCACAGAGCACUGAAGAAUUUACAUCCACCACUGAGGGAACUUUAUACACCACUAGAGAAACAACCACAACUUCAUCAGCUGAUGGAGAAACUGCAAUAAUAUCCACCACCGAAGAAAUACAAUCUACCACUGGGGAAACUUCAACCUACUUUGGGGAAACAUCAUCCUCCACCAAAGAAAUUUCAUUGAGCACCGAAGAAAAUACAUUAACAGCCACUGAAACUACAUCCACUACCGAACAGACGUCAUUCUCAAUCGCAGAAACUUCAACAUCUCCUGAAGAAACGUCAUCUACGAACACGGAAACUUCAUCUACAUCUGAGAAAACUUACCCAACUUCAAAAGAAACUACACCUACCACCGAUGAAGCUUCAACUACUAAUGUUCAAACUUCGCCCACCACUGGAUCGUUCCAUCCACAACGAAAGAAACUCCAUCAAGUUCUGCUGAAACUACUUAUGUCACGGAAUGGAACUUCAACCACCUCUGCGGAAAGUUCAUCCUCUACUGAGGCCACUUCACACAACACUGAAGUAUUUUCAUCCACCACUGAGGGAACUUUAUACACCACUGGAGAAACAACUACAACUUCAUCCACUGAUGGAGAAACUACAAUAUUAUCCACCACCGAAGAAAUACAAUCUACCACUGGGGAAACUUCAACCUACUCUGGGGAAACAUCAUCCUCCACCGAAAAAAUUUCAUUGAGCACCGAAGAAAGUACAUUAACAGCCACAGAAACUAGUCAAAUUUUAUCCACUACCGAACAGGCGUCGUUUUCAACCACAGAAACUUCAACAUCUCCUGAAGAAACGUCAUCUACGAACACGGAAACUUUAUCUACCUCUGAGAAAACUUACCCUACUUCAGAAAAAACUACACCUACCACCGAUGAAGCUUCAACAACUAAUGUUCAAACUUCGCCCACCACUGAAAUCGUUCCAUCCACAAGUGAAGUAACUUCUUAUUCGUCUGAAACAAUUACAUCAACCGCUGAGCAAACUACAUUAACAACUGAAGAAACUCAAUCAAGUACUGUCGAAACUUCAUCCGUCACGGAAGGAACUUCAACCACCUCUGAGGAAAGUUCAUCCUCUACUCAGGCCACUUCACACAGCACUGAAGAAUUUUCAUCCACCACUGGGGGAACUUUAUACACCACUUUAGAAACCACUACAACUUCAUCCACUGAUGGAGAAACUACAAUAUUAUCCACCACCGAAGAAAUGCAAUCUACCACUGGGGAAACUUCAACCUACUCUGGGGAAACAUCAUCCUCUACCGAAGAAAUUUCAUUGAGCACCGAAGAAAGUACAUCAACAGCCACAGAAACUACAUCCACUACCGAACAGACGUCAUUCUCAACCGCAGAAACUUCAACAUCUCCUGAAGAAACGUCAUCUACGAACACUGUAACUUCAUCUACGUCUGCGAAAACUUACCCAACUUCAGAAGAAACUACACCUACCACCGAUGAAGCUUCAACUACUAAUGUUCAAACUUCGACCACCACUGAGAUUGUUCCAUCCACAAGUGAAAAAACGUCUUAUCCGACUGAAACAAUUACAUCAACCGCCGAACAAACUACAUUAACAACGAAAGAAACUCCAUCAAGUUCUGCUGAAACUACUUAUGUCACGGAAGGAACUUCAACCACCUCUGCGGAAAGUUCAUCCUCUACUGAGGCCACUUCACACAACACUGAAGUUUUUUCAUCCACCACUGAGGGAACUUUAUACACCACUGGAGAAACAACUACAACUUCAUCCACUGAUGGAGAAACUGCAAUAUCUUCCACCACCGAAGAAAUACAAUCUACCACUGGGGAAACUUCAACCUACUCUGGGGAAACAUCAUCCUCCACCGAAGAAAUUUCAUUGAACACCGAAGAAAGUACAUUACCAGCCACAGAAACUAGUCAAACUACAUCCACUACCGAACAGGCGUCAUUCUCAACCGCAGAAACUUCAACAUCUACUGAAGAAACGUCAUCUACGAACACGGAAACUUCUUCUACCUCUGAGAAAACAACUUACCCUACUUCAGGAGAAACUACACCUACCACCGAUGAAGCGUCAAUAACUAAUGUUCAAACUUCUCCCACCACUGAAAUCGUUCCAUCCACAAGUGAAGUAACUUCUUAUUCGUCUGAAACAAUUACAUCAACCGCUGAGCAAACUACAUUAACAACUGAAAAAACUCAAUCAAGUACUGUCGAAACUUCAUCCGUCACGGAAGGAACUUCAACCACCUCUGAGGAAAGUUCAUCCUCUACUCAGGCCACUUCACACAGCACUGAAGAAUUUUCAUCCACCACUGGGGGAACUUUAUACACCACUUUAGAAACCACUACAACUUCAUCCACUGAUGGAGAAACUACAAUAUUAUCCACCACCGAAGAAAUACAAUCUACCACUGGGGAAACUUCAGCCUACUCUGGUGAAUCAUCAAUCUCCACCGAAGAAAUUUCAUUGAGCACCGAAGAAAGUACAUUAACAGCCACAGAAACAACAUCCACUACCGAACAGACGUCAUUCUCAACUGCAGAAACUUCAACAUCGCCUGAAGAAACGCCAUCUACGAACACGGAAACUUCAUCUACGUCUGCGAAAACUUACCCAACUUCAGAAGAAACUACACCUACCACCGAUGAAGCUUCAACUACUAAUGUUCAAACUCCGCCCACCACUGAAAUCGUUCCAUCCACAAGUGAAAAAACGUCUUAUCCGACUGAAACAAUUACAUCAACCGCCGAACAAACUACAUUAACAACGGAAGAAUCUCCAUCAAGUACUGCUGAAACUAUUUAUGUCACGGAAGGAACUUCAACCACCUCUUCGGAAAGUUCAUCCUCUACUGCGGCGACUUCACACAACACGGAAGUAUUUUCAUCCUCCACUGAGGGAACUUUAUACACCACUGUAGAAACAACUACAACUUCAUCCACUGAUGGAGAAACUAUAAUAUUAUCCACCACUGAAGAAAUUCAAUCUACCACUGACACUUCAACCUACUCUGGGGAAACAUCAUCCUCCACGGAAGAAAUUUUAUUGAGCACCGAAGAAAGUACAUUAACAGCCACAAAAACUACAUCCACUACUGAACAGACGUCAUUCUCUACUGCAGAAACUUCAAAAUCUCCUGAAGAAACGUCAACAGUGAACACGGAAACUUCAUCUACCUCUGAGAAAACUUACCCAACUUCAGAAGAAACUACACUUACCACCGAUGAAGCUUCGACAACUGAUGUUGAAACUUCGUCGACCACUGAAGACAUUUCACCUACAAUCGUCGUCAGCUCAACACUUUCUUCAACCACUGUUAUGAAUACAACUACUGAUUCCGUGACAGGUAAUCUUGCAAUUCUAGAUGCUAUCCAAGCGGAUUUAGAUGAAAUUGCUGGAUUUCUCGAUGAUCUAACUCAGCAGCUUCUAUGGUCGUAUAGAAAGUCUGGGCGAAGAAGACGUUCAGGGUGCCCUGACAACGACCAAGUUCGUCAACUGAACGAUGCCAUGGCUGUCGUGGAGAAGACGACUGGUGAGAUCAGCGCGGAUAUCAUCUAUUUGCAACAAGUUGACAAUAUGGACCAAGCAACGGCCGACGUCGGUGAAAUUUCGUCUUGUCCUAAUGAACUUUUCAAGGAAGCUGUCGCCAAUGAUUCUUCAAUUCUUACCAACGCCACUAAGACUGUUGCCGAGGCAGAAACGGUUGUAAGCGAGAAGAAGGAGGAACUUGCGCCGGACACAACUGUAUCAAACGACAACUUGGCUCUUAUCAUUGGCUUGUCGGUGGCGGUGAUGAUGGGCAUUGCAAUGGUCGUGCUGGUGUCUUUUGUCUACGCUAGGGCCAGGAAACUAAGAAAUAUUUCCAACGGCUCCUCAAGCGAAGCCGCCUCACCAUCCAGCUCGCUACUCCCGGAGGCGCGAGAACGAGCCACGGCGCUGGGAGAGCAGAGAGAAGAGGAACAAAUGGAGCAGGUAGCUACAGACUUGGGGGUCUCUGAGCUCAGAACGCAGGUGCUUCUAACUACAGGAACAUCGGUCCUGACGGAGCAAGAAACGACAAACCGAAUUCAACCUAAUGGUUCACCCACAGUUGCUGCCCGGCACUACAGAAAUAAAGAAAUACAAGAAGAGUUUGAGCGAAAUUUAAGCCUCGGCUGUUACGUUGAGCGUUACCCGGCCGGGCGAAUACGUAGAGCUUAUUCCCUCAGCAGGCUGGACUACUCGCGCGAGCAGCAUCCACCCUCAUCACUGACAAGGCUGGGAUCGCAAAGUCUACCCAUGAGGUACCCCCAAAAAGGUCAACCCGCUAAAUCGCGAUUACAGCAAAUGCUUGCCUUUUACAGCGACCUAGAGCAGCGUAGGGGGAAAAUCCCUCGGCUUUCCCCUUCAAAUUUCGUCCCUUAG